GUACGACAGGAGGAAGUAUUGUCUGGCAAUGAAAAUGCCAUCAAAACAGUCGUGAAAACCAGUAGCCAAGAUUGCGCACUUUGCAAAGAGUUCAAGACUCGCUUUGGCCGAAAAUCACAUGGAUUGGCCUUCAGUUCAGCAACGCGUCACGAAGCUCUGCCAGCACGUCCGACCGUUCAAAAAUCCGGCGCGAGGUCCGUAAGAAAUUGUACCCAACACUAGCACUACUCGCUUAGCGGUUACGUAGCGGUGCGGAACGGUGCACCUUGCCCUGGACUCUGGACGCUGCUACCAGAUCCGUUUUGCGGGAUCUGAACAUUUUUGUAUGAGGUGUUCAGAAUUCCACCAGAUAAAUACUAUAUUGCUGUCAACAAAUCACUAGCACACCGUAUUCCCCAUGCCCAGGUGGAGUCAAUUAGAUAGGUGAUACCGAAAAAGACCGAGGUUGAACUCUCAAGGCGUGCACUUGCACUUCACUUGGCUCCCAUUUUCGUAACACUUCUCGAUCCAUCCAAACAUGAAGAAGAGAUCGGUAGCCGGGAAGAACGAAAAUGGCUCUUCCGCCGCUCUACCGACUAAGACCAUAAACGGCACGAAGCGUACCUCCGCGACAGCGAAGGCAAAGCCCAAACCCGACGGAAGCCUUGGAAUACGCCGAUUCCUGGCGCCUACAGCUGGCAUCGAUGGCAACAGCACCAAAGUGAAGGUAGAUUCUGCGGAAAAGAUGAUAGGUGAUCGAGAAAAUGGCAGUGUCGAGAAGCCGAAGCGGAAGCCAGUCGGACAGACCACCAAACCGCCUAGCGCCAGGAAAGCACUCGGCGAGCGAAAUGUCCUAAGCGAAGAGCCUGGAGUCAAUUCUCGAGUGACAGCGGAAAGCAGAGGAUUACUGACAUCGGCUGCCUCUUCUGUUUGCCCUGUGUCCAAGAGGGCACAGGUAGUUUGUGAUGAGACGUCGCCGGUACGGCCAAAGCCUAUGGCGCCACGUCAAUUGACACCCCCGUCUGGCACGGAUGCCGUUGCUUCUCCCCGAUCAGUGAAACAUAAAGACGGAUUGAAAAAAGCCGAUUCUGGCUUUUUGGACGGUCCCACUGAAAAGCCAUUGUCGAGAAAGCACGCUGCAGAGGAGGCGGCCAGAGCCAUUGAGGUCCCACUACUGGAGCAAAGUCCAUCUAGCGUGUCAGAGCUACCCUCCUUAACCCAAGGGAGCAUCAAACUGAAAUGCGACCAAGAAGAAACUGUUUUUUGGCUCGCAUCUCCCCCCGGUGAUAAGCUACAGGCUGCUGAGAAAGAUGGAGGCCUUGUAGAUCCUGAAGCAGAGGUAACUUAUCUUGUGAAGAUGCUGAAAAGUGAGCCCAAUCCUCUGACGAAGACGCCAAACAGCAAAUCACGAAAUGGUCAAGUAUCCAUGGAUUCUGACCGAAGCAAAAGCAAUAACCGACGUUGGUUGGAGCUUGCACCGUCGCCCACUGUCGAAAUGACUCCAAGGAGCCGCCAGGCUUUCAAACGAUCAUUUAGUCUGAGCAACAUCGAAAGCUCCCCUUCUGCACGCAUCAGCGAGCGAAAGCGGCAACGAAAAGAAAAAGCAUUGCACUGGACUGCGGCUGACAAGCCGGAUGGUAGUCCCCCUGUAGAAAGCCGUGUUGCUUUGCGAGAUUUCAUUGCACGUUGUAAAUCCGUCUUUGAUGAUAUGCGUUUCGAUGUUCCGGGAAGCCCGUCCAAUAAUGCAGCGUCAAAGUCACCGGGUAGCGGGAGACGCCGGCCUCUUGAGCGAUCGAUUUCGCUGCCAAAUAUACCGAGUUCCGGGCACGAUGACCUUGAACCUUUCCUCCAUCAAGUGUCAUAUUCUCAUAAUGAACAUAUGCAACCGAAAAGAGGUGCCUCACCGAAUCGGACGACCUCAACAGAAACAAUCAGAUCUUCCGUGAAUGGCGAGCAACCAGAGCUGGCGGUUCCAAGUCAGAUUAAGGAGAUAUCCACGACAGUGGGGAAGUCCGCAACAAAGUUGCCCCAGCGGAAGAGGAAAAGCUUAUGUAGUGAAGACAAUAAAGAGAAUAUUCCUCCUUGGGAGGCAGCCUCUGUUGCUCAGCUUACAGAAAGGGUCAGCGCUGAGAGAGAAUCUGGACCACGAGGGAGACGUCGUCCUGUACCCGUCAUGUCAUCUAACACGAAAGCCGGUUCGGGCAUGGUUGUCCAUGUCGAAGCAGUCUCUGCUAAGAGUCCCGACCAGAGCACACUUCAGCACGUCAAAAUACGCAACCGCGAUGUAUUCACCGCCUCUAGUAGCACCUGUCAGGAAAAACUCGAAUCUGAGGAAGACUAUUUUUGUGUUGUGGACGAUGACGAUGACAUGGCGUGCUCUUUGGCGUUGGAUGCUGUGAUGCAGGAAUACUGUUCGCACAACCAGCAGAUAACAGUAAACCUGCCGAUUGCAGGUGACCAGGCCUCAGGAAGUGAACGCGGUGCAUCUGACGUUUGUACACCACCCGCACCACCUGCGAUGAAGAGUCAGGGAAAUCAAUUCAGGCAAAAGUACAUGCGUUUUCUCGUCCUGGAGAUCUCUUGGAGUGAAUACGGCUACGCUAUUGGAGGAUGCCGAAGUCCUGAAAAGAUCCUUAGGCUCUUUGAUGAAAGCACAACGACCGAGCGGUAUCUGCAUUUGCGCGAGGAUUGGUACAGCACAGACGUGAACGUUGGUGAUUACAUUCAUGUCCUCGGUGCUUUUGAUCCUGCAUUUAAUCGAUGUAUAGCGGACAAUGAGAAAAGCUUGGUCAUUGUACAUCCGGACACCUUAGUGUCUGCCACUUAUGUUGCCGAAAGCUUUGACUGUCUGCGAAAGUCUAUCCUGCAAGCCCGUGUUCGGUCCUUUGGCGAGCCAACCCCGCCAUUAGUGUAUGGCAAUCUUCUGCACUGCUUACUACAGACGUGCUUGGUGGAAAAUGACUUCUCGACAAGACGAAUAAACGAGGAGAUUGACCGACUGGUUCGGAAGAGCAUUGAGGAACUGUAUAGUAUCGGUGAGACUGAAACUGUCGCCACGGCCCAUCUGAGGGAAUCAGUUUCUGUUCUGCAACAGUGGGCGUCAAAAUUCAUCGGUACCACACCAAAGCCAGAUGCGGUCGUUCAGCAGCAUCGUAACGAUAAAGAGCAGAAGAUGACAGUUUGCAUCAGCAAAGUACUGGACAUUGAAGAGAACAUCUGGUCUCCCAUGUAUGGCAUCAAAGGCAACAUUGAUGCUACCGUGCAGCUGCGCGUGCGACAGGGGUCCGGUCCACUGAAAACGCUGGCUGCUCCUUUUGAAUUGAAAACUGGCAGAAACAGCAAAGUCGUGUCGCACCGAGCGCAGACUAGUUUGUAUACAUUGAUGAUGUCUGACCGUUAUGACAUUGAUGUUGCAAGCGGUAUUUUGUAUUAUAUGAAAGCCGGCGACAUGAUACAAAUUCCUUCAUUGCGCGAUGAAGUACGGGGACUGAUAAUAGCUCGCAAUGCCAUGGCAAGCUACUUGAAUUCGCGGGGGAAGCUACCGCCCAUGAUUCAGAGAUUACAUGCCUGCCAGCGAUGCUAUGCUCUUGAUAAUUGCUUGACAUACCAUAAAGCUAUCGAGAAUGGCACGGCGGAUACCAGCGGGCUAGGCUCUCUCUUUGACAAAAGGACGAGCCAUAUGACCGCUGCCCACAUUGCAUUCUUUGAUAAAUGGGAGCGACUGAUCACUAUGGAAGAAGGUGAUAUGCAACGUAUGCGAAAGGAAAUUUGGACAUUAUUGGGCACUGAGCGAGAGAAACUUCGGAGGUGCUUCAGUCAAAUGCGUCUGCUUCCUGAUAGCCCUGAGUCUGCAAAGGACUCACCUUUAUCAGGUCCAAUGCGUAGACAGUACCGCUUUUCGCGAGCUGUCUCAGAACCAGCAUCAGAACCUCCCGCGUCGCUUCUGAACUCCCAUAUUGCUGUUGGUGAUCCCAUAGUAGUGUCCACCGAAGACGGCCAUUAUGCGUUGGCCAUAGGGUUCGUGGUGGAUUUGCGGCCUGACAUCGUAACAGUCUCAGUGGACCGACGCCUCCGUGGGGCACCACAUCGCCUUCACAACUUUGAUGAAUCAAAAAACCAGGAUUUUGAAGGUAUCAUGGAAGUGAGACAGCCGGGUUUUCGAAAGGAAAACAACUGUCCAGGGGGCGAACCAAGCCAGCGAGAGGAUCGGACCAUGUAUCGGAUUGACAAGGAUGAAUUUGCAUCCGGUAUGGGGUUGGUUCGGGCAAAUUUAGUCGCCCUCUUCAAAGCAGACGGAGACGCAAAGCGAAGACGGCUCAUCGUAGACCUGGAAGCACCGAAGUUCCAGCAUGAUGUCGGAGGCACUGCAUUGGAUCAAACCUUGAAUAUGGACCAACGUCAUGCUGUAGAAAAGGUUAUGUCCGCUCUGGACUACGCCCUUAUCUUGGGUAUGCCUGGAACGGGGAAGACCACGACGAUUGCAUACAUCAUACAAACCCUUGUCAAGCGGGGAAAAACUGUCUUGCUGACAUCCUACACACAUACGGCAGUGGAUAACGUGCUACUCAAGCUUCGGGAUGAGGGUCUAGAUUUCUUACGAUUGGGUAAUGAACAAAAGAUCCACUCAGCUAUCCAACCAUAUACGGCGAGCUAUCGCAGUGACAUCAACUCUGUUGAGGAUCUCGAAAAGUUUUACAUGUCAAAGCAGAUCGUUGCAACGACGUGCUUGGGAAUCAAUCACGUGCUAUUCACAAAGCGUACAUUUGACUAUUGCAUUGUCGACGAAGCAUCGCAAUUGACUCUUCCUGUGUGUCUCGGGCCGCUGCGCUUCGCGGAUGUUUUCAUUCUUGUUGGUGAUCAUUAUCAACUUCCUCCAUUGGUUCGUAACCCAGAGGCGAAAGAUACAGGACUGGCGUCCUCGUUAUUUAAAAUUCUCAGCGAGGCACACCCUGAGGCUGUUGUCAAUCUCGAGCACCAAUAUCGCAUGAAUUUGGAUAUCAUGUUACUCUCCAAUGCGCUUAUUUACAACCAUCGCCUCCGAUGCGGGACCCCGGCCGUUGCGCAUUCCGCUCUUAACGUGGUGAAGAUGAAGGAGGGACUGGAUCAAUUGCACGCGGCGGGAUCUCCAUCGCCGCACGCUCAUGCCAAUCGGAGCUGUCAGGGAGCAAACUGUUGGAUUCGGGAUAUUGUUGAGCCUCGCCGUCGGGUAGUUUUCGUGAAUACUGAUGAGGUACCUGCGCCAGACUCGCGGCCUGGUGACUUGGUUCAAAAUGACAUUGAGGCGAUACUAGUGCGCCAGAUUGUGGAGUGUUUAGUUGCGUGUGGGGUGGAAGAGACAGCUCUUGGCGUUAUUUCUCCCUACCGGUCGCAGCUGAAAGUUAUUGGACAAUUCCUCAAACAUCGUACCAAUGUGGCUAUCCAUACCGUCGACAAAUUCCAAGGCAGCGACAAGGACUGCGUCGUAGUGUCCCUGGUGCGAUCCAAUCCCAAGCAGAAUGUUGGAGAUUUGCUUCGAGACUGGCGUCGUAUCAAUGUCGCUUUCACCAGAGCAAAGAAGAAACUGAUUAUUUUUGGAUCCAAAUCUACUCUCCAAGGGACGGCAUUAUUUAAUGAGUUUUUGCAAAUAAUCGAUUCGAGUGGAUGGGAAAUCAAACUCCCUCCUGCAGCCCAUACUAUGCACACCUUUCCAUCCCCCGACGAAGUUUCGGCCAGUCAAAAAUCGCGACAUACACGAUCGGUCGUACGUGGAUCACCAGAACAGAGAGCUGCGACUGCGAAAAAUAGAAUAAUUGCGGCCACAAAGGGCAAGUCGGGCAUUUUGAGGAACGUUAUGAAUAGCUGUGGACUGUCGAGGAUGUGAUGGUGGGGAAGAGGUCCGUAUUUAUAGAUUUUUGUUCAUAUUUUGGAAACUGCACAUACACGGAACUGUACAUACAGGCAAAGUUAGCAAAGGAAAAGAUAAAGUGAUGAAAAGGUCUUCAAAAGUAAUCUAUUAAAAAGUAAUCUAUUAAAUAUGAUAAAUGUUUAUUUACAAUUGCGUUUGAUAGUCGUACAAUCUCAACAAGUUCCGCUCCAA